AUGGCGCGCUUCACUCCUCUCCUUCUCGUCCUUUUGGCCUUAGUGCCACUGUACUACUCAUUGGAUUGCAGAAAGUUCUCGUUCGCACCUGCGUGCCGCGGAAUCAUGCUGAAACGGUCCGGUGGUCACCCGAUGGUCGUCGACCAAUCUCAGCCAAUUCUCGACAACGCUAAGGCUCGCGAAAUCCAGAUGAUGGAGCUCCUCAUCCGUAACAUCGAAGACGAGGCGUUGAUCGCCAACUCAGACUGCGUCAGCAUGUCCUGGCUUCGAGACCGUCUUGUGAACGCCAAGAACGAGUUGCCGCAAUGA